CUUUGCUGCAUAUAUAAACAUGAAACCAGUUGCUUUCUCCAUACCUUGCAAGUUGCAUCCACAUUGAAAUCAACGUAACUUCAAAAUGGAGGAAGCUAACAGUGUACAAGAUAGAGACAACAAGUUCUUAAGGAAGGUGGUUGACGAAGCAUAUAAAGGUGUUGAAUGUGGAGAUGGGGAAGAUAGAGACAACAAGUGCUUAAGGAAGGCGGUUGACGAAGCAUAUAAAGGUGUUGAAUGUGGAGAUGGGAAAGAUAGAGACAACCAGUUCUUAAGGAAGGCGGUUGACGAAGCAUAUAAAGGUGUUGAAUGUGGAGAUGGGGAAGAUAGAGACAACAAGUGCUUAAGGAAGGCGGUUGACGAAGCAUAUAAAGGUGUUGAAUGUGGAGAUGGGGAAGAUAGAGACAACAAGUUCUUAAGGAAGGCGGUUGAAGAAGCAUAUAAAGGUGUUGAAUGUGGAGAUGGAGGCCCCUUUGGUGCUGUUGUUGUGCAUAAUGAUGAAGUACUUGUGAGUUGUCACAACAUGGUCCUGAGGAACACAGACCCAAUUGCCCAUGCUGAGGUGACAGCAAUAAGAGAGGCAUGUAAACAGCUGAAGCAGAGUGAACUUGCCGACUGUGACAUAUAUGCAUCUUGUGAGCCUUGCCCCAUGUGCUUUGGUGCCAUCCAUCUUUCAAGGAUCAAGAGGCUGGUGUAUGGAGCCAAGGCUGAAGCAGCCAUUGCUAUUGGUUUUGAUGAUUUUAUUUCGGAUGCAUUAAGGGGUACUGGUUUCUACCAAAAGGCUCACUUGGAGAUCAAAAGAGCAGAUGGCAAUGAGGCCGUCAUUGCAGAACAGGUCUUUGAGGAAACAAAGGCAAAGUUCCAAAUGUACUGAACUUAGUUGCUUGCUGCUAUCAUUAUUAUAUUUCUGUUUGCUUAGUAAUGGCUUCUAUCCAUCAAGCUUGACAUGUAUUAUGAUAAUAACCAUGCUUGUAUGUUUGAGCCACUACUAAUCUGUAAAAUGAAGCCUUAUGUUUGCUCCUAUGAAGUGUUUCGUUACCACCGUAAGAUCUAAUGCUAAAUCUGGUCAAGCAAAAUACUUUUUAUCCUUAGAUGGCAGCACAAAAUUUAUAACAGAAUCAAAUAUUUGGCAACUCUUGCUAUCUUGGCAAUAUUUGGUUGCAGAUUUUGCUGUUAUGCCACAAGAGGAUCGUGUCUACAAUGUCGUGGCCUUGCAAUAUCACUUCAGUGCAAAAUGCAGACAUGCAAUGCAAUUCAUCUAGCAAAGAAGGAAAAAAAAAAAAAAAACUAAGUACUUAAGAAGUGGGAAAAUGCAUGUGGCAAAAGGUCGUGCCAUAGUUGAUUAUUGAUUAAGAGAUAAUUGGUUACUUUUAUGUUGUGUUCAAUAGGAAAGUGUGCUGCCAAUGGGGUCAUACCAUAGUGGAAAAGUGUGUUUGACUUAAGACCAGUGGUUUCAUGCUCGAAACUCCUAGACGCCAAUGUGUGUGAGUAAAUUCUCCUCCCCUUUUCUACCUUUGAGGAAAAAAAGAAAAAAAAGAAAGUGUGUGUUAUAAAGAAGUGAAGCCCACAUAGAUAGCUAUAGGGCAUUAGUAAAAAGAUGGAGAUAUAAAUAGAGGUAUUAGUCAAAAGAUGGGAUAAUGAUGUUGGGGAGAAAUCAUUAUGUCUCCCUUAAAAGUCAUUUGCUUUGCCUAUUAAUAGACAUUAUAUUUGCUUGUAAACAUACGGAAGAGAAGAAGAGAAAGAGUGAGAGUCAGAAG